AUGAGCCUUCCGCUGCUGAAGCUUGGCGCUGUGCUCAGUACCAUGGCAAUAAUCUCAAACUGGAUGUCCCAAACUCUCCCGUCCUUGGUAGGACUGAACACCACGAGGCUGUCAACGCCAGAUACCUCAACUCAGAUUAGUCCCAAAGAAGGGUGGCAGGUAUAUAGCUCAGCACAGGAUCCUGAUGGACGAUGCAUUUGCACAGUGGUUGCCCCAGAACAAAACCUGUGUUCCCGGGAUGCCAAAAGCAGGCAGCUUCGCCAGCUGCUGGAAAAGGUUCAGAAUAUGUCCCAAUCUAUUGAAGUUUUAAACUUGAGAACUCAAAGAGACUUCCAAUACGUCCUAAAAAUGGAAACACAAAUGAAAGGGCUGAAGGCCAAGUUUCGGCAGAUUGAAGAUGACCGGAAGACACUAAUGACCAAGCAUUUUCAAGAGCUGAAAGAGAAGAUGGAUGAGCUCCUGCCUUUGAUUCCUGUGCUAGAACAGUACAAAACAGACGCCAAGUUAAUCACCCAGUUCAAGGAGGAAAUCCGGAAUCUGUCCGCAGUCCUCACAGGAAUUCAGGAGGAGAUCGGUGCCUAUGACUAUGAGGAGCUACAUCAAAGAGUGCUCAGCUUGGAAACCAGACUUCGUGACUGCAUGAAGAAGCUAACCUGUGGCAAACUGAUGAAAAUCACAGGCCCAGUUACAGUCAAGACAUCCGGGACCCGGUUUGGUGCUUGGAUGACAGACCCUUUAGCAUCCGAGAAAAAUAACAGGGUCUGGUACAUGGACAGUUAUACCAACAAUAAAAUUGUCCGUGAGUACAAAUCAAUUGCUGACUUUGUCAGUGGCGCUGAAUCAAGAACAUACAACCUCCCUUUCAAGUGGGCAGGAACUAACCAUGUCGUCUACAAUGGCUCACUCUAUUUUAACAAGUAUCAGAGUAACAUCAUCAUCAAAUACAGCUUUGAUAUGGGGAGAGUACUUGCCCAACGAAGCCUGGAAUAUGCUGGUUUUCACAACGUUUACCCUUACACAUGGGGUGGGUUCUCUGACAUCGACUUAAUGGCUGAUGAAAUCGGGCUGUGGGCUGUGUAUGCAACUAACCAGAAUGCAGGCAAUAUUGUCAUCAGCCAACUUAACCAAGAUACACUGGAGGUGAUGAAGAGCUGGAACACUGGCUAUCCCAAGAGAAGUGCAGGGGAAUCCUUCAUGAUCUGUGGGACACUGUAUGUCACCAACUCCCACUUAACGGGAGCCAAGGUGUAUUACUCCUACUCCACCAAAACCUCCACAUAUGAGUACACGGACAUUCCCUUUCAUAACCAGUACUUUCACAUAUCCAUGCUUGACUACAAUGCAAGAGAUAGAGCUCUUUACGCCUGGAACAAUGGUCACCAGGUCCUAUUCAAUGUCACCCUUUUCCACAUCAUUAAGACUGAGGAUGACACAUAA